AUGGAUAACUCAUCAAAGAUCACUUUCUUCAUUUUGACUGUGUAUGAGGAUGUAGGUAACAUUAAGUAUUUUUAUUUCAGCAUUUUGCUUGUUUUGAAAUUUUCAAUUUAUAUGACAAACUCAUUGCUUAUUGUAGUAAUCUUUACAAACCAGCGUCUGCAUGAACCAAUGUAUGUGUUUCUGUGUAAUUUAUUUGUGAAUGAAUUGUAUGGAAGCACUGCAUUACUUCCCGCACUGUUACUUAAUCUUUUGUCAGAUACUCAUGAAGUCUCCAGUGCUUGCUGUUUUUUGCAGAUAUUUUGCUUGUACACAUAUGCAUCUGUAGAAUUUUGUAAUUUAGCUGCUAUGGCUUAUGACAGGUAUUUGUCCAUCUGUUAUCCACUACAUUACAGAAAUAUAAUGACUGCUUGCAAAGUUUACACAUUAAUUGUGUUCAUCUGGGUUUAUUCGUUUGUCAAAUUUUCAAUUACUCUGUCAUUAAAUUUACAGUUGCCGUUGUGUGGAAAUACCAUACACAAAGUGGGUUGUGACAACUUUUCUUUGAUCAGACUUGCCUGUACAGACACUACUCUGAACAAUAUUUAUGGGCUUUGCAGCACAGUUGUGACCAUCGCUGUCCCAUUGACUCCUAUUUUAUAUUCAUAUGCAAAAAUUAUCAGAAUCUGUUAUAAUUCUUCCAAAGAAGCUCAGAGGAAAGCUUUAAACACCUGUACUCCCCACUUAAUAUCACUUAUGAACUUUUCAAUCGGCAGUUUCUUUGAAGUUGUCCAAAACCGAUUUGAUUUGACUUAUGUUCCCUCAGUCAUACGCAUAACAUUAUCAGUAUACUUUUUGCUAUGUCCUCCACUGUUUAAUCCAAUAAUGUAUGGAAUAAAGAUAACAAAAAUAAGGCAAGCUGUUCAAAAAUGGUUCUCUGCUAAAAGCAUUGUUCCACAGCUAGAAUACAGUAAAUAA